AAAAAAAAACACACAGUUUACGUGCUAUUUUUUAUAUUCAUAUUAACAAUGGUUAUUAAAACAGAUCGAGCGUUUUAUAAAAAGACAAGAAGUAAUGCCAUCAUAAAACUAGUUAGAGAACAAUAUGUACGCACCGACAUUCCUUGUUUGUCAGAAGAAUGCCCUUCUCAUUGUCAAAAUGAUCAACAACAAACAUUGUUAAGUGGAGACCAUUAUAUUAUACCCGAUAUUUCAGUUAUUAUGCGUUAUUUAGAAAUUUUAGAACAAGAAGAAGUUACUGGUAUUAUUUUUAGUCAAACAGUAACCAUGAAUCUUCAACAGCAUGAUAAACUUAAAACAUAUCGUAAACUUCGUCAAAUUAUGAAUGACUCGAGAAGAAAGAGUGUUAUGUUUUAUAAUGAAAUAUUUAAAGAUACAAAGAUAGCAAGAAUGCCAGAUGAAACAAGUGCAGACCGUGAUUGGAGAGCGUUAUGUCAGUUAGCUCGGUGGUACAGCGCACAUUUACAUCACCAAAAGAAGAUUAUAUUACUCUCUGAAGUACACCAUGCUGAAACAAAUGAUGUGAAUGUGAUGACGACAAAAGAGUAUUUGGACUUGUAUUGGAAAGAUAAUAGCUUGUUACAGAAUCUUGUACAUGUUUUAGCUGAUGUUGUUUUAGAAGAUAACAAUGAGGAUGGAAAAAUUAGGUUAUCUUUAAAACUAUCACAUGGAUCAAGUACAACUGCUGUUCAUGGAUAUACCGAGUAUAAGCCUAUCGAUGAACUUGAAAUAGGUAUAAAGUCGAGUCGUUAUUAUUCUGGUAUUUUACGUUGUAAAAAAGAUAAUCGAGAUCAAGCCUAUGUAACUGGAUCAGGAUAUCUCGGCAAAGAUAUUUUAAUUAUCGGGAAUGAAAAUCGUAAUCGCUCAGUUCAUGGAGAUUUAGUUGUAGUAGAGUUAUUAUCUGAAACUAAUUGGACUACUCUUUCAAAUGAUAUUUCUUUUGAUACGAGUAAUACAGAAGAUGAAUAUGAAGAGAAUAGAUUAAAGAAUUCGAUAACUACAGCAACUCAGCCAACAGGACGUGUAGUAGGUGUAUUAAAUCGUAAUUGGAGAUCUUAUGUGGCUACACUUCAAGAGGAUAGUUCUGAAAUAGGCGGUUCAAUUCAUUUAGCUAUUCCGUUAGAUCCUGUUAUUCCAAAGAUUAGAAUAAAAUAUCAAGAUGUCAAACUUAUUGAAAAUCAACGUAUAGUUGUUCGUAUUGAUAAUUGGCCAAUUCAUUCACAAUAUCCAAAUGGCCAUUUUGUUCGUUCUUUAGGUCCCAUUCAUCAAUUGGAUACAGAGAUAUCUGCUAUUUUAGUUGAACAUUCAAUUUCAGUAUCUCAGGCUAGUCAAGGUUUUAGUGAAAUGUCAUUAAAGGAAAUGCCAAUCGAUACUACUGAAAAUCCAUGGACACCGGAAAAGGAUGAAAUACUUCAAAGAAGAGAUUUGAGAAAUUUGACUGUCUUUAGUAUUGAUCCUCCUAACUGUCAAGAUAUUGAUGAUGCACUUUCUAUAAAAGAACUAGACGAUGGAAAAAUCGAACUCGGUGUUCAUAUUGCAGAUGUUAGUUACUUUGUAAAAGAAAAUUAUAUCACUGAUCUAGAAGCAAAAUCAAGAGGAACCACCGUUUAUUUAGCAGAUAGACGCUUUGAUAUGCUUCCAUCUGUACUCAGUGAAAGAGUAUGUUCCUUAAGACAUAAAGUCGAUCGUUACGCUGUUUCUGUUAUUUGGACAUUAAACAAAGAUUAUCAAAUUUUGGACACAUGGUUUGGAAGAUCGAUUAUAAGGUCAAGUUGUGAAAUGGAAUAUGAACAAGCGCAACAACUUUUAGAUGGAAAAAGUGUUGCAACUGGUUUAGACUCAAUUUUAUGUAAAAAAUUAAAACCAUGUAUUAUAAAGCUUGCAGAAGUUCUACGUGUGAUGAGAGAAAGACGCUUAGCUAAAGGUGCUUUAGAGUUAGAAGGAUCUGAAGUCAAAUUUAAAAUUACAGAUCAACAUGAAAUCACUGAUAUAAUUCCUAAGCAUAGUUUAGAGAUUCAUGGAUUAGUAGCAGAAGCUAUGAUUCUAGCAAAUGCAUCAGUUGGUAAACGAAUUUAUGAAGGCUUUAAAGAAUCUGCCAUUCUUAGACACCAUCCACCUCCAACUAAAAGCCAAUUUGAAGGACUAGUGAAAGCAGCAAAAAGCAGAGGAUUUUCAAUAGACUUUUCAUCUAAUAAAACAUUAGCUCAGUCACUCGAGGAGAUUAGUAGAGGAUGCAAAGACGAUCCUGAAAUAGCAAGAUUAUUAAAAACCAUGGCCACUGUAGCCAUGAAUGAAGCAGGAUAUAUAUCUUCUGGUCAUUACCCAGCUUAUGAAUACUAUCAUUAUGGUUUAGCACUUGAAUUUUAUACUCACUUUACAUCGCCUAUUCGUAGAUAUGCAGAUAUCAUUGCACAUCGACAAUUACUUACAUGUGUUCAGGAUCCAACUGCCAUAAAGGACAAUCAUGACCGUGGAUCUGUUAUGUUUAAAGAUGCAUCCAUUGCUAGUAUUUGUGAAAAUCUAAAUUUAAAAUCAAGAGAGUCCAAGUUUGCUCAAAGAGAUUCCACAGAAUUGUUUCAAAGUCUUUAUGUACUACAGCACACUUCUAAUGAUACAUCACUUAUCGAAAGAGGUGUUAUUUCAGAAAUUAGAUCAAAUGGAUUCUAUGUAUUUGUGCCAAGACUUGGUUUAAAGGGGCCAGUGUAUCUUAAGGAUAAAAAUGGUGAACCAAGUGUUCCUUUGUCUUUAAUUACUGGAAAGGAAACUAAGGAUGAAAAUGAAACUAUUCCCAAUUGUAGAAUAGAAAUCGAUAUGCCGAACAGCAUCUCUGUUCAUUCUACUGACUUGCCUAACCCUAUACAAUUUAAUUUAUUCGAUCAUGUACAGGUAUCUUUGAAGUUACGAAAAUCACAUGCUCAUCGCCAUAUGGUCUAUAUGACAUUGGUCGAUUUUGAACAUAUUGAACUCGCUUCUACUAAACUCGUUAGGAUGACAAAUACGGAGAUGUUGCAUGCUAUUGAAGAAGAAGAAGAAGAAAAAAAAAAGCCUACAGAGCAAAGUAAAAAGAAAAAGAAGUCUUCAUCAAUGUACGAAUUGCUUGAAAAGUUUAGAAAGCUGUCCAUUAUUGAAAGUAAAGCUGUUAUUGAGCUUUAAACAAAAGGAAAGGGGAAAGUUCUGCACAAAUAUAUAAAUGGUCAAUACAAAAGGUUAUAUAAUAUGUCUUGAUAGUAACAUUUACUGUCAUUAUUAUACCACGUUUUAAUAAAAAAAAA